GGACGGUUUGCGCACUUGAGAAAGAGGCUCGCGUUGUAUCCUUUGCAGUGAGCAGUGACUUCUCGCUCUCCAGUAUCUCUUCCCAAGCGGUAUCCGAAGAAGAGAGCGCGUUGACGGAGUUCGAAUUUCAUCGACACCAGUCACAAUCUAGAGACCCGCCGUCGCAACCCAUGUUCUACUUGUAGGGUUCUUGUAUGUCCUUUGGCAUGUUAGAGGAGACUCACAGAUCAGUUUUAGGAAAAGGGGAGUAGGGCGGGCGAGUGGUUUUCCUAAGUGAUACGUUGCUUGGUUGGCCGCUCUGCGAACUGCGUGUCAGCUCACUUGCCGCACGCACUUCGUUGGAACUGCAGCAAUCCAGCCGUUGAAUGAUUUCCCUCAUAAGAAUCGGAUUAGCAAGAGCAGAAGCCGCCCCGCGGAAACCAAAGCUUCAGCCGAUGUGGCGGGAAAAAAAUGCGACAGCAGCAUCCUCCCCUUCUGCAGUGACACUCACGGAUCUUCCGGCUCGGUGUCCGUUCUUUUUGAUCAUCUCCCAAAGUGUUUAUGGUCAAAACCUGCUUUUUUAUCGAGAGCAGCGCAUGCUUCGUCCAGCACGCGCCGACGAGACGAGUCUGCUCACAAUCAGAAUGGAGCACCGAAGCACGCGGCCCCCGUUUUUCAUCCUCAGCAUGAUGGUCAUGUCCGUGCGGGGAGCCGUUGCGGAGGAGCGGGAAACGACACUGCAGGACGACGCUGGGCAAGCAUACUCGUGGCAAGCGAACGGCAACGAGAAGUCCUGCAAGAAGCUCAAUCAAAAUCUGUGCUCUCUCCAUCUGCUGAGAAAGUUGUCGUGAAAGAGAACCAUAGUAGCCUUAUUCGCGAAGAACAAACGGCACAGCAAAAAAACAAUUCGAGAAUUCAGAUUCACAACGAAC